AUGGAGGGUGUCCAGAGCAAAACGGCCACAUCGCCGGCGAAUUCUUUGUCCAACUCUCUCAGGUCCCAGUGGCGAGCAGGUUCCGCGCGAUGGCAGCUUGCCCAAGUUGCCUAUGCAACGAUCAUCUUCGCAGCCCAAUUUGCCGCUGUCGGUUUGCAUCAGGCUGACACCGGCGGCUUGAUGGAGCUUCAAGUCUCAACUUCCAUGACUGUUGAGGCUUUGCUGCGGCGCGUCCGUGAAGCGGUGGGCUGUGGCGAGAAGGGUCGCCUUCUGUUCCGCAUGCGCCCCCUCGAUGCUAAUGCAACUUUGGAGACGAGCGGCAUCCACAAGGACCCCAAGGCGCUGCACUUCCUUCUGAACCGGAAGCACCGGCCUCCUGAGGUGGUCGAGCGUGCCAAACGAGAGGCUGCCGAGCUUUCAGCGGCCAUGGCGGUGGCUGCCGCGGAGGCAGCAGCGCGGCCCAGGCGGCAGAGGCAGAGCCCAAGACCUGCCUCCAGUAGCUCAGUGCAGAGCGAUCCGCCUCAACUUAGCUAG